GGGCAAUUAGUUUCAGACCCUGGACUGACAUUGGCCAGGUCCUGGGUUGUUUCCCACAGGCUGUACACCCUGACCCCUAGAGGGAGGGAGGCUCUGCCCAGUGAGCAGCCAAGGUGCCUGGGGCCUGUGCCCCUCACGACUGCCUGGGCCAGGUCACGGUGUGACGCCUCCUGACCCAGCCUUGCCAGGGGCAGAGGGCAUUGAACCUUGGGGAGGGGAUGCCCCGGAGGGUGCCAGUCCAGCCAGCCGCCCCACCCCUCAGGCCCAGCCUGGCCCCUGUGCUCCCCCGUCUGGUGCCCCCAGCAGACCCCCAGGCAGGCAGCUCUGGUCAUGGCAGAGCACCUGGAGCUCCUGGCAGAGAUGCCCACGGUGGGCAGGAUGAGCACACAGGAGCGGCUGAAGCAUGCUCAGAAGCGGCGUGCCCAUCAGGUGAAGAUGUGGGCCCAGGCUGAGAAGGAGGCCCAGGGCAAAAAGGGCUGGAGGGAGCAGAAGGAGGUGACUGGCAGGCUGCAGAAGCGGGUCCUCUUCCCUCCGAGUGUGGCCUUGCUAGAGGCGGCUGCCCGAAAUGACCUGGAGGAAGUCCGCCACUUCCUCGAGAGUGGGGUUAGCCCUGACCUGGCCAAUGAGGAUGGCCUGACGGCCCUGCAUCAGAGCUGCAUCGAUGACUUCCGGGAGAUGGUGCAGCAGCUCCUGGAGGCCGGGGCCAAGGUCAAUGCCCGAGACAGUGAGUGUUGGACACCCCUGCAUGCCGCAGCCACCUGCGGCCACCUGCACCUGGUGGAGCUGCUCAUUGCUCGGGGUGCUGACCUCCUGGCAGUCAACACCGACGGAAACAUGCCCUAUGACCUGUGUGAAGAUGAGCAGACGCUGGACUGCCUCGAGACGGCCAUGGCCAACCGCGGCAUCACCCAGGACGGCAUCGAGCAGGCCCGCGCCUUGCCAGAGCUGCACAUGCUGGAUGAUAUCCGGAGCCUGCUACAGGCGGGAGCCGACCUCGAUGCCCCCCAGGACCAUGGGGCUACCUUGCUCCACAUUGCUGCAGCCAAUGGGUUCAGCAAGGUAGCUGCCCUGCUGCUGGAACACCGGGCUAGUCUGAACGCCAAGGACCACGAUGGCUGGGAGCCACUACAUGCCGCGGCCUACUGGGGACAGGUGCACCUGGUGGAGCUGCUGGUGGCUCACGGGGCUGACCUGAAUGGAAAGUCCCUGACGGACGAGACGCCUCUCGACGUGUGUGGGGACGAGGAGGUACGGGCCAAGCUGCUAGAGCUGAAGCACAAGCACGACGCGCUCCUGCGUGCCCAGGGCCGCCAGCGCUCUCUGCUGCGCCGCCGCCCUCCAGUGCGGCAGGCCGGGGGGAAGGUGGUGAGGCGGGUGAGCCUGACCCAGCGUACCAGCCUGUACCGCAAGGAGCAUGCCCAGGAAGCCAUCGUGUGGCAACAGCCAGCACCCGCCAGCCCGGAGCUGCCCGAUGAGGAUGAGGACCACCAGACAGACGCAGAGCUGCGGCUGCCACCCCGCGAGGAGGAGGACCCUGAGGUGGCCCGGCCACACAACGGCCGCGUCGGGGGCCCCCCAGGGCGGCACCUGUACUCUAAGCGGCUGGACCAAAGUGUUUCCUACCGGCAAAGCUCCCCAGAGGGCACCCCCCCCGACGCCCUGGUCCGGGCCAAGGCCCACCACACCCUGGCAGAGCUCAAGCGCCAGCGGGCCGUCGCCAAGCUGCAGCAUCCCCCACUCGAGGGGCCUGAGGCCGCUGAGUCGGGCCUGCCUGUGGACUCUGAGACCCGCCAGCCAGAGGAGGGCCCUGGGGCCGGUGGGGACCCGCCCUUGCUGAAGCUCACAGCCCCCUCGGAGGAGGUCCCUGUGGAGAAGAGGCCGUGCUGCCUGCUCAUGUGAAGGGCUGGUUCUCAGGGAGGUGAAGGU